AUGGAUAAUGAUAGAGUGCGAUCACUUGUUGUUGAAAGUAUCACUAGUUUGUGUUGUUCGGAAUUCAAAUUCAAAGAUCGAUUAAAAGUUGAAGGAUUGCUGGGGAUCACUAUCGACGAAGUAGAAGUAUUUCUGGUUUCAUUCAAUGAAACUUUCAUACAUGGCAAUCAUGCAAUGGCUGCAGUAGUCGGCAGUGAGUUUUUCGACUCUGAGUUACUUAAAAACCAGCAUUCUAAUCUACCCUCGAUAUCACAACAAAUACCAGGUUUAAAUGAGAAUGCUUUAGCGUUGAUGGCCGCCAAAAAACAAAAGCUGGAUCUCAGUGAUCUACAAAAUAUGACUCAAUUUUUGACAUCAGCUUCUCAGCAAGACCAAGUCAACAAUAAUAAUGACAUGGAUGGUGUCAUUAUAUGUGAUGGAGACACUUUGAGCCAAUCAGAUUUGGAAAACGCCAGUAACUUGGCCGACAUGUCACAAAACGACAACUCAACUAAUUGGAGCAUUCCUUUUAACAAAAUUUUACCAAGUCAACAACAGCAGCAACAACAACAAAUAAAUUUAGAAAAAGAAAAAGAGAAGGUUAUGGCAGCUGCGUUGGCUGCCAUGAGGCAACAGCAAUUUUUGCAACAAACUCCAGAUCAAACCCUAGUCACUGUAAAUAAUGUUGCAGCACUUCAGCAGCAACUGAGGAACAACUACUUAGCUGUGCAACAGCAGCAAAACGAAAGAGAUGAUCAGUCCAUUGCAACAACGUUAGAACAAAUUCAAUAUGAUACUCAGGCAUUGGAACAAUCGGUUGCUGUGGCCAGUGCAGCGCUGCAACAACGUUUUGCGAUCAAUAUGGCGGAUCAAACAGGUUUAGGCCUUUUGAGCAACAAAGCGCUUGUGUCUGGUUUAAUAUUAGAUCAGCUUCAACAGCACUGUGUUGUUGAUGAAGAGGGACAGCAACAAGUGGCGCAAGCAGCACAGGCACUCUUCCAUAGACAUCAAGGCAAUCAACUCAACCAGUCGCAAGCAGAUGAUGAUCCAAGUAUAGAUAGUAAGAAAAAUGCUAGUCUUUUACAAGCUUUGAGUGGUGCAGCUAAUAGUUUGAACGUGAAUGCUUCGCACCACCUUGUCAAACAGCAGCAGUUACGACAAAAUGACCAGGCAGAAGCACUGAUCCUUCAUUUGAAACAAGGUGGUUCAAGUGGAAAUGCAACUGAUGUGCUUAACAACAACAACAACAACAAUAAUCUUCUUGAGAAUUCUGGACAGACAUCAAAUGAUGAUGAUGACGACAAUGUUGAUUCUAAAUUAUGGAUGUCUUCGGCUAAUAAUGACAUCAUAUCAAAUGCACCUCCUGUUUAUAGUGGUCUUUUAGCCACUGCCUCGUCUGCUUCUUCAUCUUCUACGUCACCAUCACCCACAUGGCUUGCUCAUCAUCAGGCUAAUCAGCAACAAACAAUGAAGAUAUCACCAGGUGGUGGCAUUGAAAAUCAUUUGUUUGGUAUAUUUUCUUCUGCUCUGAAAACUUUCAAAGUAAUUCUACUCUUCAAAAAAGGCUGUCAAAUGGACAUUAACAACUACUAA